GUACCAUUAGGGUGGGCGUUACUGGUUGAGUCAUUUAAAUCCUCCCUAGCGCUUUCUUAUUCAGACUGCUGGAGAUCAUGAAGGCGGCUGUUUCUGCUUUUUACUCGAGGGACCUGGAAUGGUUUGCCUUGAAUGGUUCCUCAAUCAUGCUCAAUGGCUGCAUUCAUAGUCUCUCCACUGAAGACUCACGCAUAGUUUCCACAACAUCACGGCAUGCAUUUGGGACUGUAGGAGUUACAGUCAUCAUAUUUAUAACCGGCUGCAUCAGUAUGCUAACAGUACUGGGCAAUGUUCUGGUUCUUCUAUCAAUCAAAGUCAACCGCAACCUCCGAACCAUCAACAACUACUUCCUCUUCAGUCUGGCUUGUGCUGACCUCAUCAUUGGUGUGUUUUCCAUAAAUCUCUACACCGUGUAUGUUGUUAAGGGCUAUUGGCCCUUGGGACCACAGAUGUGCGACUUGUGGUUAGUUGUGGAUUAUGUGGCAAGUAACGCAUCUGUGAUGAACCUCCUCGUGAUCUGUUUCGAUCGCUACUUCUGCGUCACCAGGCCACUUAGUUACCCGGUCGGGCGCACUGCGGGACGGGCGGGGGCGAUGAUCGCAGCGGCUUGGUUGCUGUCUCUGGUUCUCUGGGCUCCGGCCAUCCUAUUUUGGCAGACUGGGUGGGACGGUCGUAAGGUACCAAAGGGCGAGUGCUACAUCCUGCUCCUUGCCAACCCUGCGGUAACCCUGGCAACCACCAUCCCUGCAUUCUACCUUCCUGUUAUAAUAAUGACGGUACUGUACGCUCGGAUAUCCCUGGUCAGUCAAAGGCGAGUUUGUAAGCAAAAGACAAGUGGAGCAUUGGUAAACACAAACCCUGAUAUAGUAAAAGACAUUCAACUGGAUGAAUCUGACCUCAAGGUCUGCAGUGUCCCUUCAAUAAAAGCUGGCAAAAUGGACAACUCUGCAAAUUCAAGCUUUGAUGCCUCCGUGGAAGGAGUGGAUACAAAACCAGAGAUGUUAGAUUGUAACAGUACGCCAUUCAGAAACCAUACCACAGCUUGUAAGGUUCUCACAGAUGUCUCCAAGUUGACUCGACAAAGAGCUUUGAGAGAGAGAAAGGUGACCAGGACUGUUUUUGCCGUCCUCCUGGCUUUCAUCUUCACCUGGACGCCUCAUAACGUCAUGGUGCUCAUCGGUACCUUCUGUCACUGGUGUGUUCCUGAGGUUCUGUGGAUGGUGGGAUAUUUUCUUUGCUACAUCAACAGCAUGGUUAACCCGGUAUGCUACGCUUUGUGUAAUGACACUUUUAAAAGAACAUUCAAGCGACUGUUAAUGUGCCAGUUCAAAAAGCUGAACUUAAAAUGAGCUCAACAAAUUCCUGAGUUCAUAUUAGUACCUCAUAGGGUACAUAUUGGUACCAAAUGUACAUACAGUUGAAUUCCAACAAAAGCAAACCUCAGGAGUGACAAAGUCAUCCAACAGCCAUGUAAAAAACUAAGUGUAUACCAAGACACAAAAGAUGUGAUUAAAAA